AUGGCGUCAGGGCAUCGCGGCGGUAUUGAGCUCUCUCUUGUAUUUCAAGCAAAAGCAAGUUCCUCUACUAUUCCCAGAGCUCUCAUCUACCCCUCCCACAUUCCGAAUCUUGCCCGGACAGAGGUCCCUAAACCCUCCCAGUUUGGCAUCACGGAUUUCGAAGAGUUGAUGAUCCCUACUCCCGAUGGCGAAAAACUUUCAGCUUUCUAUAUCAGAGGACCAAAGGGGAGGGGUCAUAGCAAUACGACCGUGUUAAUGUUCCAUGGGAAUGCGGGAAAUAUUGGACAUCGUGUGCCGAUUGCGAGGAUGUUUGUGCAACGUAUGGGGUGUAGUGUGUUGAUGUUGGAAUAUAGAGGGUAUGGGUUAUCGACUGGCUCUCCAGAUGAAGCUGGCUUGAUGAUUGAUGCUCAAACGGGAUAUGAUUAUCUACGGAAUCGAGCAGAGACGAGGGAUAAUGAUAUUGUGAUAUAUGGGCAGAGUCUUGGUGGGGCUGUAUCGAUACAGCUUGCUGCCAAGAAUCAGAAUGAUGGGAAGUUGAUUGGAGUGGUGUUGGAAAAUACUUUCUUAUCCAUGAGAAAGUUGAUUCCUUCAAUCAUCCCACCAGCCAGAUAUCUCACCCUCCUCUGCCACCAAGUCUGGGCAUCCGACACCUAUCUCCCCUCCAUAACCGAACUUCCAAUCCUCUUCCUCUCCGGUCUCCAAGACGAAAUCGUCCCACCCUCACACAUGCGCCGCCUCUACGAAAUCUGCCAAACCCCUAUGAAAGUAUGGAAACCGCUCCCGUCCGGCGAUCACAAUUCCAGCGUCAUGGAAGACGGGUAUUUCGACGCGAUUGCGGAUUUUGUGGCGAAUCUGGAGUCGGGGGGUGAUGCGGAGAAGGAGAAACUGGUUGCGCAUUUUAGUAGGAUGUAA